AUGCUCAUCGCGCUUAUCGGCCCGACAUUUUCGGGAAAGACUACUGUCGCGCGAUACCUCAUUCAACGUCACGCUUUCACUCCCGUCACUGUGACCGAUGCAUGCUGCAGACCCUCGCCAUUGGAAUCACCCUCAUCAUCUCAAUCACUCGCUGAAGCAGCUUCCAAUCUGGACGUCGACGAAGCGGUGGGCUCUCUCAGCUUCAGAUCACAUGCCGACCUGUUGACGCACGUCACUUCCCACUGGAGGCAAAAUUUUGUCACGAAGGAUCUCAGGUGUAUGGAGGAUAUCUCGCUCGGCUUUGACAAGAGACCCUUCUUUCUGCUCGUAGCCAUCGAUGCUUCUCUUUUCGCAAGAGCUGAAAGGGCCAGGUGAGUCGCCUUCCUACUCGAAACAAAGAUUCACUCCAGCAUGUUCCCGUGUCUGAGACCGAGGCAGUCGGCACGCUCUCUAGCAGAUGCUGGAGUGGACAGGAUGCUUUCGAUUGGAGCAAAUUCGCCGCGGAAGAUCAUGAAGAGAUGCACGGUAUCAGUCGCCAGGCUCGUGAGCCGAAGGGCCACGCGCCCAUCGCGUUGAGCAAGAGCACGAGCACGAUCUCCAAUGACGGCGUCUCGCUGGUGGCUCAAGAAGCGCUACCAAGCCAGUCCGUCGCGAGGCUAGUGAACGGCGCGAGCGGUGCAGCAGCGAUGAGCGGCGCAGAGCACUCUUUGUGGUCGCUGAUGAACACCGCUCAAGUCAGAGUGCAAAACAGCAGAGCAAAUCUCGCAUCUCUCUACGCUCAUCUGGACGACCUCGACUUGGUCAAUGCAGCCCGUCUACGUCCACCUUGGGACAGCUACUUUCUUUCGCUCUGCACGCUCGCUUCUCUGCGUAGCAAUUGUAUGAAGCGCAGGGUUGGGGCAGUCUUGGUGCGCUCAAACAGAGUGUUGAGCACGGGCUACAACGGUACAGCUAUCGGCCUGCUCAAUUGCAACCAAGGUGGCUGUCCAAGGUGCAAUGGCGGGGCUCAAGGUGGUACAAGGCUGGACGAAUGUCUGUGCCUGCACGCCGAAGAGAAUGCGCUUCUGGAAUGUGGAAGGGAAAGAGGAGGAGCGGAAGGGACUGUGUUGUACUGCAAUACGUGAGUCAUCAUCUUGCGCAGCCUCUGCUCCGCCAUCUCCUGCUCCUUCACACUGACGCGAGACUUGUCAUCGCUUGCGAACCUCAGCUGUCCAUGCCUGCGAUGCGCUGUCAAGAUCGUUCAGGUAGGCGUCAAGGAGGUGGUGUACGAGCUGGCGUACAGCAUGGACGACAGGAGCCGAGAAAUUUUUCGCAAUGCAGGUGUCAAGUUCCGACAAUGUCAUCCAUGA